GGGCGACUGGAAGGGCGGGCGGGCCGGCGGGAAGAUCCCAGGGAGGGGAGGGGAGGGAGGGAAGGAAGGAGGGGAGGGAGGAAAGCCGGGAGCAAAAGCCUGGGAGAGAAAGUCCGCACUGCCCGAUCGCAGCCGGCCCGCGGCUCUUCUGGCUAAGUGGCCGGGAGCCGGCCGGCUCCUCCCCUGGGGCGGGGCGCGCACACGCGGCGCGGGGCGCACGUGGCCUGAGGGGUCCCGCCUGCGGGCUCCACCAGGGACUACUCGAGAAGCGGGUGUUACGGCAGCCUCCGUUCCGGGGGUCUGGGCGUGGGGAACACGUGUGCCACGGCCCGUUUGGUGGAGGUCGCCAUAGCCAAGCGUCACGCGGUUUCCUCGAACCCGAUUUCCCUGACAGGGCUUCGCUGUGGGGUCUGAGGGGCCGAGAUGAGGCGCAUCACGCGCCUUUUCCGCUCCUCUCACUGACCCGCCCAAGGCCACGACUCGAGUGUCUGGGCUACAGAGCCCUACAGAGGACAGGCGUAGGGAGCCGGCGGGGCGGGGAAACAUGCGACAUCCGGCGGGGCCGCGCGGAAUCUGCCGCUCCGAAGAGUAGGCAGCGCCCCAGCGGCCGGAAGCGCCGCUCGGAAGGCGGAAGCAGCGGGCUCCACGGGAGCCUGCUUCUCAGGUGGUGCGGACGACCCUCCUGCAGGGAUGCCUGCAGCAUCUGGAGCAGGAAGGGAAAAAUGUCUCAAAAACAGAUGAAAGAAGCUUUUGUCAGUAACCUCAAUGGAACCAGCGUGUUGGAAAUCAACCAGGGCUUGUGCUUUCCUGCAUUCUGUAUCCUGUGCAGAGGGCUCCUGCUCAUUUUCUCACAGCACUUGUGUUCCUUUUCUCAUACCUGGAGAACUCGAUUCUUCAUUGACUUUGUUGUCUUAAUAGUUCCCCUGAUGUACAUUUUGACCAUUUUGCCUGCAAUUAUCCUUCCUGAGCAUAUCACUAUAAUGAUCUGUUGCGGAGGGCUGCUGCUCUAUCAAAUUUACCAAAGGAGAACUUGCUAUGCCAGAAUGCCUGUCCAGAAAAUCCUUGAAAAAUUCAUGAAAAUCAGUCUAGAAUCAGAAUACAAUCCAGCCAUUACCUAUUACCGUGUAAUUAACAGUAUAUUUACAGCUAUUGCCAUUUUGGCUGUGGACUUCCCACUUUUUCCCAGAAGAUUUGCCAAAACUGAGCUCUAUGGAACAGGGGCAAUGGAUUUGGGAGUAGGCAGCUUUGUUUUUGGGACUGCAAUGGUUUGUCCAGAGGUCAGGAGGAAAUAUACCAAAGGGUCCAGAUUUUAUUAUCUUACAAAAUCAUUGUACUCUUCUUGGCCAUUAUUCUUCCUGGGACUAGGACGGUUAAUUGUUAUAAAAUCCAUUGGCUAUCAGGAACAUUUAACUGAGUAUGGAGUUCACUGGAACUUUUUCUUUACCAUAAUAGUUGUUAAACUGAUAACAUCACUGCUUUUAAUGAUUAUUCCCCUAAAUAAAUCCUGGAUGGUGGCAGUCAGCAUUGCCAUGUUAUACCAGCUAGCCCUUGACUUUACCCCCCUGAGGAGGUUAAUUUUAUAUGGCACUGAUGGCAGUGGCUCGAGGGUUGGUUUCUUAAAUGCCAACCGAGAAGGAAUAAUCUCUAAUUUGGGGUAUGUGGCGAUAUACAUGGCUGGCGUACAAACAGGGUUACAUAUUCUUAAGAAUAGAACACAUAUCAAAGACUGGUUCAAAGUAGCAUGUUGUCUUCUACUAGCAGCUAUUAGCCUCUUCAUCUCUCUCUACAUACUUCAAGUAAAUGUAGAAGCAGUGUCCCGAAGAAUGGCCAAUUUAGCCUUUUGUGUGUGGAUAGUUGCUUCUAGCCUGAUCCUUCUUAGUUCUUUAGUAAUAAGUGAUAUAAUUUUGAGUUUUGCCAAAUUUCUAAUUAAAGGGGCUCUAGUACCAUGUUCUUGGAAACUUACCCAAGCAUCUUCUACAAAUAAAAAGCAUUCAGAAUCUCUAGUCCCAGAAGCUGAAAGAAAAGAAUCCAGUCUUUGUUUAAUCACAGCUCUGAACAGAAACCAGCUGAUUUUUUUCUUGCUGUCAAAUAUAACAACUGGUCUGAUCAACCUAACAGUAGAUACAUUACACAGCAGUACCUCAUGGGCCUUAUUUUUACUCAAACUCCAUAUGUUUACUAACUGUUUAAUUAUAUAUUUACUUAAUUUGCAAGGUAAAACUAUAAAAUUUUGGUAAUUAGUAGCGACAGGAUGAUAUUUGAGCAACAUGAUUUUAAUAGGGAAGAAUAAGUGUGGAGAAAAAUCUGCUGUUAGCAACCCAGUCUUAAUCAUACUUUGUUAUAAAGAAUUCCAAUCCUCUAUGAAAGUAAUGAUUUUUUUUUGGGGGGGGGAUUGAACCCAGGACAUUUUUACCACCGAGCUACAUCCUUAAUGCU